AUGCCGCUUUUCAAAAGAGAACCGAAAACAACCCCAAAUUCAGCUACAAACUCUACUAGAACAUCCCCUAAUUCGUCGCCAAUUACCAAUCAUGGGUUCGACGCCAACCAGCCUACUCCGUUGACUUUACCGAAUACCAAGUCGACCACGUCCAUGACGUCAAUGAAUGGAGAUACUGAAGGCAGGGUGUCGAGAAGUAGCUCCAUGUCUCGUAAGUUCAAGAGUCUGUUCACCGGUGGUGGUAACAAUAGUAAUGGCAAUGCUGAAAACAAACCAAAUAAUGACGUGGACGUGCUCAAGAGCAUCAAAAGCGGGACUUACCAACCUCCAUUACCCAUUCCCGACCGAAGUUUGGGCAGAUCUACAAACAAACAAGUUGGUUCACGUUCAACAAAUUUCAAUGACAAUGUCGAUAACCUGCGGAAAAUGACUAUCAAGGAGCCAGAAUUGAAUGACAUUGAUUGUGAGUUGAAUAUCCCUGAAGACGAGGUGAUUGAAACCCUCAAACAAGAACAUGAGCAACAAUUCCAAGAUGAUGGACAUGGAGCUAGAGGGCAAGGACUAGGGAAAGAAGGAGAAUAUUCCCAGCACCCUAGGUUUAGAUCAUCGACUAUUUCUACAAUGUCCUUUAGGAAUGCCAACGAAUCGUCCAAGAUUCCAGGUUCUCAACCAGCAUCAAGUAGAUCCAGGUCAAAUUCAGCAAGUGAUUCAAGAAGAUUGAAGCAUUCAGAAACUGUGAGUGUUGGUUCAACACAUCUAAAGAAUGAAAGAGAUAUACGAAUAAAAUUAUGUGAUAGAAUCUGUAUCUAUGAAUUUGGCAGAUGCCAUGAACAUGAUUAUUCUAAGUUCAAGACCCAUUUGAAUAAAUCAAGUACUGGAUUAUUCAGUUGGAUGAAGAAGAAAGAGAAUAAAUCAGAAAAUGAUGAAUCUUAUGCAAUGAUUGAAAAGUCAAUCAGUUUGUUACCUGAUAAGUAUUCGGGUAAUUUGAUGAAGGUGAAAAAUAACCCUAAAAAUUAUAUCUGGAACUAUGAUGACGAUGAAGAAGAGGAUGGUGAUGAUGAUUACGAUUAUGAUGAUUAUAUCACUGAUGAUGAUGAGGAUGAGGAUGAGGAUGAGGAUGGGUACACUGAUAAUCAGCAUGUUAAACACAGAAAAAGUAUUCAUAGUAUGCCUAGCUCUAGAAAUUCUAAUUUUGCAAAAAGUAUUAAAAGUAAUAGAAGUACACUUAGUAGGCAAUCUAAACUGAUAACAAGGCAUUACAAUAGUGAUGAUGAGUAUGAAGAUGAAAAUGAUUAUGAGAAGCAUCUAGCAGAAAACGAUUCUUCUGAUAAUGAUGAUAAUAUGGGAACUAAGGUAAAGGACACAUCCAACAAAGUUGAUCACGUUGGUAAUAAAAGUGACGACAAUUCUGAUGGCAGUUACGAAGAUGACGACGGUGAUGAUGACGAUGAUGAUGAUGAUGAUGAUGAUUUUGACGAUGAAAUUGAUAACAUGAUGAUUGAACCUAUUAUUGGCAAAGAACAAGUUUUCCUCAUCAACAGCAUGUUAAGUAAAAUUGAAAAUCCUGAUAAGUUCAUGGAAAGAGUGAGGGAAAAAGAACGCCUGGGAAAAGUGAAAUUAACAAUGGCCCAAAAAUAUGGGCAUAUUGAAGGAGUCAUUGGUAAAGGUUCGUAUGGUACAGUUUGCAUAUCCUCCAAGACUGUGAAUAAUACCCAGGUAUUCUAUGCAAUCAAGCAGAUCAAAAGGAAACAAGGUGAAUCUCUUCGUCAUUUUGGAAAUCGUGUCACUAGUGAGUUUAUGAUUUCAUCUUCGUUGACCCAUCAGGCAGUGAUCAAUGUUUAUGACUUGAUGGUUGAUCCAAUAUCUCUGACAUACUCUGAAAUCAUGGAGUUCAUACCAUGCGGUGAUUUGUUUUCUUUAAUUUCAAACACUAAUGGUUUGAACAUAGUUGAAUGUGAUUGUUUCUUCAAGCAAAUCCUAAAUGCGAUAACCUACCUACAUUCGGUUGGUGUUUCACAUAAUGAUUUGAAGGUGGAAAAUUUAUUGUUGACACGUAAGGGUCAAUUGAAAAUAACAGAUUUUGGUACUUCUGCUGUAUUUAAGACAGCCUGGGAGAACGAAGUUCAGUUGUCUUUAGGCGCUUGUGGUUCUGAGAGAUAUGUUGCACCAGAACAAUAUAUCAAAGACCUGGAAUAUGAUCCACGAUUGGGUGAUGUUUGGUCUCUAGGUGUUAUUUACUUAACCAUGUAUUAUGGGAAAUAUUCUUGGGAAGCUUCCAAAUUGGACGAUGAAAGUUUUACGAGAUAUGUCGAAACUAGAGCAAAAUAUGAUUAUUCUAGGAAAAGCACAACUAGAGCCCACCAAUUUUUAUGUUUGAGGAGAGGUGCAUAUCCCCCAAUUGAAAAUAUCAAAGGUGGUAUUCAACAUACUUGGGUAUCUAAAGGUGGUGUCAGAGACGGAAAUAGUAGGGAAAACGAGGAGGAACUAAUCAACGACUCCAGAAGGUAUGUGCUAUACAAUAUAUUGAAUCCUGAUCCAACAUUUAGAAUGAGAACUUACCAGAUUUGGCAAAGUGAAUGGAUUAAGAACUUUAGAGUCUGUGAUGCCGGAAGAGGGUAUGUCAGUUAUGAUAAUUAUAUCGAGAUGGCAAUGAAAAGUGUCCGCGAUAUCCAGGCAAAAGAAAGAGACAGAGAAAUGGAAAGAGACAAGGACAAGGAUAGGGAAAAAAGUAAGGAACAAAAGAAAAGCCAUGGAUUUUUAGGAUUCAAAGUCUAA